AUGGAGGUUAUCCAAAUUAAAGACGUGGGGUCUUUUUCGCGUCCGCAGAUCCAGUUAAUGAAGAAGAUCGACUGUUUAAAGGCGAUCGUGCAGCAAGGAAUCAACACGCACAAAUGGAUCCUCGAGGAAGGCCUCUCUGCGCUCCCUGCGCAAUACCACUACUUGGCAAAGCAAGUUGCAGACGAAGUUAUGAAUAACUACCCAUACAAGAACAUCAAUGGGCUGAGUGGCUCAAAUGAGUUGGUAUAUUCAAUGUUGUACCGAGCCGUACCACCGGCGUGGCUAUCGGACGCGUGCAUCCGCGGACUCGCUAUCAGACUCGUCGCCGAUAACCCCUCGGCCCGCUUUGCUGGAUUUCAGACUGUCACUACCAGAACCUCACGUGCGCGAGCUGUUGGAGAAUCGCUGGUCUCAAGUGACGUUCUCGCCCGACUCAUACAUCAAAUAGCAGAAGUGGGUGUGGAAACCGCAUUGCUGGCACUUACCUUCCACAACGCACACUGGUGUUGCAUCGUUGUAAAGGUUACAGACAAGCGAAUCUUCUACUACGACCCUUUAAAUCAGAAGCCGUACAUGCGGGCUGCGAAAGAAGUGGCUACGUACCUAAAGCACAAUGGUCUCGCUGAGUACGACGUGGUCCCGCAGAACAAGCCGGUGCAGUUCGACCAGAUGAGUUGUGGCGUUUUCGUGUGCUGGAUGUUUAUGCGUAAGGUCGUUCACGGCUUAACGCACGACAUAAACGACAACUGCCUUGCUCAGCGCAGAUUCGAGCUCUUCUACUAUAUCUUGACCGGACACUUGAUAGCGCCGAUCAAAAAUACCCCAGCGACUAGUGACAUUGAGAUGCAGCAGACACCUCUAAAAGACAGGGAUUCGACCCCAACACAAGAUGAAUCGGGCGAAGAAUCCCUCCCUCCAACCCAAGUUGCAGGAUAA